UGGAAGCUUGCACAAAAGGCUCAACAAAAAAAGUGAAAGGAAGGGGGCAGUAUUUCCCACGGCUGCUGCUGUAGAGCACCCUGGCUGUGUUGUUUUGGGAGCGAGCAAGCGGGCGCGCGCUGUUGACGGGGUACUUGAGCUGCAGGUUUGCGAUCUCUCAUCACGGACCUUGUUUUGUCUGCCAGAGAAAGUCAACAACAAAUGAAUCGUUGAGGGAAGACGAAAACAGUGAGGAAGAGGAUGGUGAGCAGCCAGCCGAAGUAUGAGCUGAUCCAGGAGGUAGGACGUGGCAGCUACGGCGUGGUGUACGAGGCGCUGGUGAAACGCACCGGGGCCCGGAUGGCCGUGAAGAAGAUCCGCUGCCACAGCCCAGAGAAUGUAGAGCUGGCCCUCAGGGAAUUCUGGGCCCUGAGCAGUAUCCAGAGCCAGCACCCCAACGUCAUCCACCUGGAGGAGUGUGUCCUGCAGAGAGAUGACCUGGCUCAGAGGAUGAGCCAUGGGUCCAGCUCCCCACUGUACCUAGAGCUGGUGGAGACCUCUCUGAAGGGAGAGAUAACCUUUGACCCGUGCUGUGCCUACUAUCUGUGGUUCGUCAUGGACUUCUGUGAUGGAGGAGAUAUGAACGCUUACUUGCUGUCCCGUAAACCCAGCCGCAAGACCAACACCAGCUUCAUGCUGCAGUUAGGAAGUGCCCUGGCCUUCCUGCACCGAAACCAGAUCAUCCACCGAGAUCUGAAGCCUGACAACAUCCUCAUCUCCCAGGGAAGGACCUUUGCGGGAACCCCCGAGCCCACACUGAAGGUGGCGGACUUCGGGCUGUCAAAGGUCUGCUCCACGUCGGGCCUCAACCCUGAGGAACCAGCCUCUGUCAACAAGUGUUUCCUCUCCACAGCGUGCGGCACGGACUUCUACAUGGCUCCAGAGGUGUGGGAGGGUCACUACACGGCUAAAGCAGACAUCUUUGCCCUGGGUAUCAUCAUCUGGGCCAUGGUGGAGCGGAUCACGUUCGUUGACGUGGAGACCCAGAAGGAGCUCCUGGGAAGCUACGUGCAGCAGGGGGAGGAGAUCGUGCCCCUUGGGGAGGCGCUCCUGGAGAACCCCAAGAUGGAGCUGCUGAUCCCGGCCAGGAUGAAGAGCAUGAACGCGGGCAUGAAACAGCUGAUCCGGGAGAUGCUGUCGUUCAACCCUCAGGAGAGACCUGACGCCUUUGAACUGGAGCUCCGACUGGUCAGGAUCGCCUGCAGGGAGCUCGACUGGGACACGUGAUAAUUGAUGUGGAUAGGAGGAGAGCGGACCAUGGGACUAGUAGUCACAACAUCAAGCACUUGUAUCUAGUCCUAAUUCACCACUGUUAGCUCUGGGUGGUCGAGGCCACACAAUGGGAGGUUUAUAAAAAAAAAAUAUUAAAAAAAAAUGUUUUAAGAGAACAAUUCAAACGUUGCAAAGAUUUUUGCUUUGCAGUUGGAUAUUGGUUUAGAUGUAGGACUACUGGUAAACCUAGCUCAACGGGUUGAUAGCCAGGCUGUAAAAAUGUUUGUUUUGAAUGUUAACAGAGCAAGGCUGUCCAUAAAGCACAUUCAGCUGUUUGUCUCUCAGAAGGAGAGGUGCUGCUAGCCACCCCAGUGGUUUAGGCUAACCUGUUAACUUUAACUCUCUCUCUUUAGUUGUUUGCCUACAAAUUUCACCCCAGUCUCGGUGCUAAUAAUCGUACUUCGGAUGCAAUUUAUGAAACAGGGAGACCGCAUCCCGUGUAGAUAUGAUGCAAUUAAAUUCCAAUUUAGACACGCCUCAGUGAUCGUAAACUGUGCACGGCUGGUUUUAACAGUAUUCUGUGACCACACCCAGCUCCUCCCCAUCAACACACACACACUUCCCACUGCUCAGGUAAAAUCGAAGAUAUACUGUUGGUUGCGAUUUGUAGACAGCCAGCUGUUUGAAGAGACAUAUCACACAGGACAGUAUUCUGAGCUGGCCCUGAGCCAACUAUGGGAUCAGGCUAAGUCUUGGUAUGCCAGCCCAGCCCAGACAUAACCUAGUAUAACCCCCAGCCCAGACAUAACCUAGUAUAACCCCCAACCCAGACAUAACCUACUAUAACCCCCAGCCCAGACAUAACCUAGCAUAACCUCAGUCAGCCAGUGUCAUAAUUGUCCUGGAAUGUGUCAUGAUUGCCCCAUAAUGAAAAUAAUUUUUAGGAAUGGAGUGUUUGGAAUGUAAUUAACUUGAGUCACCAUAAUUUAAAGUCCAGAGAUAGCAAGCUGCUUAUUCAAAACACAUAAAGGAAUGUGUUGUUGCCCCAAACUAACAUUGAUGUAUUUAACUGAAGAGCCAAUGUUCUGCUUGUAUUAUUAAAAUAUAGUGCUUUAAUUUAGACUUAAAUUCUCACAACUGAAGGCCAGCGAAUUUCCAAAUGAAACCUGUGUGAACGGAAUGGUUAGGGGUAUGACUUCACUGGCAAUCACUUGGUGAAAAAAUUCACUUUUAUUUAGUUAUUUUCCUUUUCAUAACUUACCAUGCUAUUAUCUAUCACCUUGAGAAACAGUUUUUACUUGGGGCCUGGGAAGAUAUAUUGUCAAACAGCAAACAAGAAGUCUCUCUUACACACACUGGUGUAUUGUCAGCACACAGAACGUCUACUUAUGCAUGCAAUGCCUCUCACCUUCAGAGAGGAGAUGGAGGCAGCACAGCACACAGUUGUCCCUGAGCCCAGAGGAUGUAUUUAAAAAAUACAAUUUUGUGUUUUAACCUGAUCUCCUCUCACUGUCAGUUUUCACCUGGGUUUCCCCAGGACAGACACGCACACCUCUGUUUCCCCUGGGUCCUGCCGGAUUUAACGGUAAUCCCUUUCUCCACGUUUCCUUCCGACAGACUCCUAAGCCUAUUACGUUUGGUGUAGGUGGCAGAGGUAAAGGAAGGCACUCUGGGGACCCAGGCCUAUUGCCUUGCAGGUCAUAAUUUGUGCGCUUCUAACAGUUGUGAAAAUGAAAAAAUUAUCAAUAUCUGAAAAAAUGUGGUUUUAGUGUGUCAUUCAAACAGUGGCAUAAGUUUUAAAAUAUAUUUCAUACGAGCAGACUGUCGCCAACAUUAACCUGCAUUAUUGCCUUUUUUAAAUGUCUUCCAUUGCCAAA